AUGACAAUUGCGAACAUACGAAUGGUCCAAACGAUCGGCAAACGCAACUAUGACCGCAACGUUGCUUACAUGCCGGAUGUGAUCUCCCAAAGGAUCUUUGAGGCAGCCGAGGAGUGGAAGAUUGGAUGUCCAGGGGCCCGAGCCGGGAGUGGCGAUUUCCAGACGGUCGCCCGUCGCGUCGUAACCCCUCUCCCGUUCUUUGGCGCCUCAAGGGUGAGGCAGGAUGCGAUCAAGGCUUGCCCGUCGAAGAUUAAGGUUGCAGUCGGCUCCAAGGGCCUCUUCCCCUCCCCCGUCCCACUGACGGCGAGUUUCUCCAAGGCCACGCUCCACUAA